AUGGCUUCAAAUGGCUCAUCCUCGGGUAUCAACAUCUCGUUACCUGGAAACCCGGGGAACGGAAAUGGACCAUGGGCCCCUGGAACAGGAGACAGGCAGCCCCCGAACGGAGCUCCCGCCACUCAGCCAAGGAACCCAAACAUUAUCUCUCAAGAUUUCUAUCCCCACGGCAAGCGCUCGCUGUCAGGCAUUGCUGUGCGUGCGUUUUGCUUAGGUUCCGCCCUUGUUUCUGGCCUUGCUGGAGCUGCGAUUCUCGCAUAUCACGGCAACCAUCUAUGGCGACCUUGCCUGUUCCUUAGCACGCUUGCUCUCUUCCACUUCCUCGAGUUCUAUACAACAGCCGCAUACAACACUCCAGUUGCCAAAGUUGCAUCCUUUCUUCUCAGCAACGGUGAUCAGUACCGCAUAGCUCAUACCAUGGCCUUUACCGAGACAAUCAUCACAUCCUAUUUUUUCCCCGGCUACCAAUCCUACAUCCACCGACCAUGGGUCAUCGCAAUCGGAGUCAUUCUGAUUGCAAUUGGGCAGACUGUCCGCAGCAUUGCAAUGAUACAAGCUGGCACCAAUUUCAACCACAUGGUACAAUCGAGCAAGAACGAUGGCCACGAACUCGUGACACAUGGACUAUAUCACUACUUUCGACACCCCUCUUACUUUGGCUUCUUUUGGUGGGGCAUCGGGACGCAGAUCAUGCUGGGAAAUACCUUUUGCUUUCUGGCAUACACUGCUGUUCUUUGGUCAUUUUUCAAGAGACGCAUUUUCCAUGAAGAGAAGCAUUUACUGGAAUUCUUUGGCAGUGAUUAUAGGGAAUACAAGGCGCGAACGCGUGCAUCUCGUUUACCUGCAGCUAUGCACCGCUCGCGAUGGGCAGACCCGCCACCAACUGCUUCGAAAGGUGCCAUGUCGCAAAGUGCUGCCCCCUUGACGAAACCAAGCAGCCCCGCUGUCCAGCCCGUCGCCAAACCGGGUGCGUUGAAACUCAAGAAGAGUGCCGUCAAGAUUUUGGGAGCUGCUAGCCAUCCAACUUCUCCUUCUACUCCAUCUGCAGUGUCCAUUCCACUACCGAUGACACCCACCGCUUCUCUGUCAGAUAAACUGGAGCCUUUGGUAGCUGAGUCGUCGAUCAGUGUAUCGACAAUCUCCAACGCAAAGGCAGGCCCAUCUCAGAAGGAGGAUCCAAAUUCUGAGGACACAUCUGCACAGAUUGAUGCUCUUUUUGCCCGCCUGAACAGUAAGGACUGCAAGCUCUCUGCUCUCGCUACAGGCAGCAGCAUGGCAUUCGGAAACCAUAAGAAUGUGGCACCGAUUGAAGGCCUUCCAAGCUCUACAACAGCUACUCCGGUCACAGAAUCAACUUCCAAACAGACUACCACAGAUGGCCUACCAAAGCCCGUUCAGGAAACGGAACAAUCUACAGGCAUCACUCAAGCGGAGCUUGAGAACGAGUACAUGAGCAGGGCUAGCGCGUAUAUGGAUGCUCUUCCGGAUACCAAGGAGGGCACGCCACAGCUCAUCAAGGUCGUCUCCAACAAAAUGCGUGUGGUGUAUAAACCACUCACAAGCAUGGAUACGAAAGAAAAGGAUGUUCUCAAGGCAAGGUUUGCGUUUGCCAUAGCCAACUACCUCAACAAAACCUUACGAAAAGGCCCAACGGAGUGCACGGCUUCUUUUAUCAAACAGAAACUGGAGGACGCCGAUGGCGACUUUCUCAAAUUUUGCGCCAUGCUUGUAGAAGAGAAGCGUAUGUCGUUAGAGACACUGGAUGAUGUUACCGGACUGGUCAAGGCUCUGCUUGAUAUCCUUCCCAAGGUGGAAUUGACCAUUGUCCCAGACAUGCGAGGAAGUAAGCUGGUGCUUGAGGAUCCGGUCGACAGUAUGAAAACAUGGCCAACGGCAGAGAAGCGUAAUGCCACUGCAUCUCCUCGUACAUGUAUCCUUAAGGGCGUCUCAGCCGUCACCAAUAUCAAUCAGCUUCAGGCUUUAGUGUGGGGCGGAAGACUUGAGUCCAUCUCUAUGCCAGAGCCUGGCUCCUCGAACGCUCUUGUCAAGUUCCUCACACCUGAUGGCUGUAAGAAGUAUCAUGCGGAUACUAUCAAUGGCAUAGAGGUUGUCGGAGACAAGAAAUCGGCCGUGGUUUUUGUUGAGCUGGCUGAAGGUCCAAACUCCACCAACGAUAUCAUCCAGGGUUGCAUCGAUAACGGCAUGACUCGUUGUGUCCGGGCUAUUGGAAAAGUAGACUACACCGACGCGCAGCUCAUGGAACUUGCCAAAGGGAAGAGCCAGGUCAACAAGCGCGUGGUUGACCGCAUCAAGCAUGGGAAGAAUGCCCGCGGCCAUGAGUACAUUGAAUUCCGCUUUGCCAACAUCUACCACGCACUCAGUUUCAAGCGUGAGCUUAUGAACAACGAGGACUGGGGGCAUUGCAACAUCUCACACGCACCUGAUCCAUGCGAGCUUGCAACCGGUGUUCGCUACAAGGACAACGAAUAA